ACUUUAACAUUUUAGUUGACCCUUUCCAAUUCUCUCAUUAGGCCUGUAAUUAUUUCACUGCACACAAAAAUAUGUUUUACCCAGUAAAGACGCUGUUACAAAAUCAUUUGAUUAAAUGCGUCACCUAGUGGUCACGUGAAGUGAAACUGGUGCGACCAGAAUUUCAAAACGGCAAGUGAACUUAUGAGAUUUAUUGUCAUUAUUAUUCAACUUUAAAUAACCACGUUACGCAAAUUGACAAAUCACAUUGCAAAACACUCCACAGGCAACGGGUUUUCCCACUCGUUCCAAAACACUUCAUUGGUGGAAAGAAGCGAAUUGCUUGAGAUGUAGACAUUCGUUCUGCAGCAGCUGUCAGAACUAUUUGAGUCCGUUAGGGUUUCGGUUGAAAUAAGUUAUUGUAUAGAGUAGACUCACUCAGGCACACCUAUUGCUUCUCUUAUCUAAGAGGGCGUGUCCGAAACGAGUCUGGUAAGAGAGGAAUCACCUGAGAUCAUUACACACAACCAGCGGCACAGAGGUGUAAAAUGGGGAAAGCAGGUGGACGCUGGGACUUUGAAUGGGUCUACUCUGAGCAACCGCACACAUGCAGAAGAAAAGAAAUAUUAGCAAAGUAUCCAGAAAUCAAGUCUUUGAUGGGUCAUGACCCCCAACUGAAGUGGGUCGUGUCAGGAAUGGUAAUCACCCAGCUCCUGGCAUGUUACAUGGUCCAUGACCUCUCUUGGAAGUGGGUGUUGUUUUGGGCAUAUGCAUUUGGUGGCUGCAUCAACCACUCUCUGACACUAGCCAUUCAUGACAUUUCACACAAUGUGGCCUUUGGCAAUAAACAGGCUCGCUGGAACCGCUGGUUCGCCAUGUUUGCCAAUCUGCCCAUUGGCUUGCCUUAUUCCUCGUCUUUUAAGAAGUACCACAUUGACCACCAUCGGUAUCUUGGAGGAGAUGGGUUGGAUGUGGAUAUUCCUACUGACCUUGAGGGCUGGUUUUUCUGCACCCCGAUGAGGAAGGUGAUCUGGCUCUUUCUCCAGCCUUUGUUCUAUGCACUCCGUCCUUUGGUUGUGAACCCCAAGCCUGUGACAAGGUUGGAGAUUGCGAAUGCAGCAGUGCAGUUUGUGGUCGACAUUGUUAUCUACUAUUUCUGGGGCCUCAAGCCUAUAGUGUACCUGAUUGCUGGGUCUAUUCUGUGCAUGGGCUUACACCCCAUCUCUGGACACUUCAUCGCAGAGCACUACAUGUUCAUGAAAGGUCAUGAAACCUACUCUUAUUACGGCCCCCUCAACUACAUAACCUUCAAUGUGGGAUACCAUAUGGAGCACCAUGACUUCCCCAGCAUUCCUGGCAGCAAAUUACCUGAGGUGAAGAGAAUUGCUGCAGAGUACUAUGACUUACUCCCUCAACACACUUCCUGGAUGAAAGUGCUGUGGGACUUUGUAUUCGAUGAUAGCAUCGGCCCCUAUGCCAGAAUCAAAAGACAAUACAAACUAGGCAAAAAGGAAUAAAUUGGAGACUACUGAUUUAACCAAACAUAACACAAAGUCUUUUUACAGUACAACAUACAAAGCAACCAUCGAUACAUAAUUGGCUCUUUCAGGCCAUUUAGUUGUUGUAUGGGAACAAACAUUUUCACAAAGUGCUAAUGAAGAGUGAGCCGCACCUGCUAAACCAAUUCAUUCUGUCUCAAGUAGCCAUUUCCUCAAACAGAUCUGUACUUAUGGGAUGUAUUUCAAACAACUUGCAUUUACUGCUCUCAGGGCCAUGUUGACUCAUGAUCAUACAUUUUGUUUGGGUGUAUCACAUUCCAGUUUUAUUCCUUCACAAAAAUGUUUCCAUAUAUUCAUCCCUAUCUAAAACAUGAAAUGUGUUUUAGAUGUUCCCAUGAAAUAUACAUUUUAAACAAAAAGGGAAUCUUGCCAACUACAUCCGUUGGUUGUGUUUUGUGCAUUUAAAUAGAAAAUCGUUAUUAUUAUUAAAAAUCUUUUUUGUUUCAUAUUUACUCAUUUGCACUGUUGGACCAUCUUUGAUAUUACAAAGUUUUAGAAUAUAUCUGUUUCUGUAAUGUAUUUCAAAUUUUCAAUAAAUGUAAAUCUCUUGCAAUUAAUUAAGUACCAAGAUGCCUGAAU